AUGGCAUACGUCCUCGACAACACGAAGGUAGAGGGUGUCGCUGCCCCGAUACUGCCUUCUGUCAUGCAAAACUGGACGAAUCCCGGCAACGACACCGGCCACUGGGGAGACAUGACGAAUAACAACCGGGACUUGGCGACGCAGUUUGUGAUUAGUAUUUCUUUGGGUGUGGUCGCUUUUUUCUCGUUUUGUUUCCUCCGGCCUAAAUGGGCCGAGCUCUAUGCUGCGAGACGGAGGCGACGAACUGCCGCUUCCUCGUUGCCUGAUCUUCCAGAUACGCUGUUCGGUUGGAUCCCGGUUUUGUAUAGAAUCAACGAUGAGCAGGUUCUCGAUUCUGCAGGGCUGGAUGCUUAUGCGUUUCUCUCGUUCUUCAAAUUCGCCCUCCGAUUUUUGUCUGCAACAUUUGUAUUCGCCGCAACUAUCAUCAGUCCGCUACAUCUGCGAUAUCUUGGUAGAACGGGAAUCCCCGGGGUGGACCGCCCUCCCAAUGAUGACGAUGACACAUUGAAGAAAGAUCCCACAUACCUGUGGAUAUACGUCAUCUUUCCUUACUUGUUUACUGGCAUAGCCAUCUACCUGCUUAUCCAGCAGACAGACAAGAUCAUUCAAAUACGGCAGAAAUACUUGGGCAGCCAAACAUCGACAACAGACCGCACAAUCCGGCUGGCGGGCAUUCCACCAGAACUGCGAUCGGAAGAAGCAAUCAAAGAAUACAUUGAAAGCAUGCAAAUUGGAAACGUGGAGACUGUCUCGCUGUGUCGAAAUUGGCAUGAGCUGGAUACGUUGAUGGACGAACGCAAGAAGAUACUACGACAGCUAGAGCGAGCAUGGACGAAGCAUCUUGGAUACAAGCAGAAUAAAAGGUACCACGAUACACUACCCUUGGUACGGGCAGCGCGUGUCAGGUCGCCGAGUUUUGGGUCUGAGGCGGGAACGGAGAACUCGCAGCUUCUUGGAAGCGAAAAUGGAAGGGUGCCUACCAGGACCACUGAGGAUGGACGCCCAAAACAUCGGAUGUGGUAUGGCCCGUUGAAGCUGCGGUACAAAAAGAUCGACUCCAUCGAUUAUUAUGAGGAAAAGCUGCGUCUCACGGAUGAGAGAAUUGUAGCAGCUCGACAGAAAGACUAUGCUACCAGUGGCCUCGCGUUUGUCACAAUGGAGUCGACUGCAGCUUGCCAGAUUGCUGUCCAGGCGAUUCUCGAUCCCAACCCUAUGCAAAUGGCAGCAACGCUUGCGCCUGCUCCGGCGGAUGUCGUUUGGAAAAACACGUAUAUUUCACGCUCCAACCGGGUCUACCGGUCGUGGACCAUCACCGCAGUGAUUGGCUUUUUGACCGUAUUCUGGUCUGUUCUCUUGCUGCCUUUUGUUUCUCUGUUGAACUUGAGAACUCUGCAUGAAGUCAUUCCUGGGCUAGCAGAUGCUUUGGCACGCCAUCCACUUGUGGGGUCUUUGGUGCAGACUUCGUUGCCAACUCUGUUUUGGUCCUCGCUGACUGUGGUCGUACCAUAUCUAUAUAGCUGGCUCUCUGACCUCCAGGGUAUGACGUCUCGCGGGGACAUGGAACUGUCCCUGAUUUCGAAAAACUUUUUCUUUUCCUUUUUCAACCUGUUUUUGAUCUUCACAGUGCUCGGUUCGGGUUCGAAUUUCUGGGAUUUGCUCAAACAAAUUCAAGAUACGUUCAAGGAUGCAACCACAAUCGCCUUUGCACUUGCAAACUCACUGGAAGGUCUUUCUCGCUUUUACAUCAACCUGAUUAUUCUCCAGGGGCUCGGUCUGUUUCCCUUCCGGCUGCUCGAGUUCGGCAGCGUGAUCAUGUACCCGAUCAACGUCUUGUCGGCGAAGACGCCUCGUGAGUAUGCGGAACUUUCGACGCCGCCCAUGUUUCGCUACGGAUUCUCUAUUCCGCAGACGAUUCUUAUUCUCGUCAUCUGUAUUGUGUACAGCGUGUUUCCAAGCUCGUGGCUGAUCUGCCUCUGCGGGCUGAUAUAUUUCUUCCUUGGACAUUUGAUCUACAAGUACCAACUGCUGUAUGCCAUGGACCACCAGCAGCACUCGACGGGGCGAGCAUGGCCGAUGAUCUGCAGUCGCGUUCUCUUGGGGCUGGUAUUUUUCCAGCUUGCCGUCAUCGGAUCCCUAGCCCUGCGCCAAGCAGUGACCAAAUCAUUGCUCCUUGUGCCUCUCAUGGGGGGCACAGUCUGGUUCAUCUACUAUUUCGCGCGAACGUACGAACCGCUGAUGAAAUUUAUCGCGCUGCGCAGUAUUGACCAAGACCGGCCAAACGACUCUGAGAACGCACUUACUUCGCCGACGCUCGUGUCCCCUCCCUCUGGUCUCGACCGCGACUCGCUGCCUGUACUGAUUGGCGGGCGCGAGAUUGGCAUGCGGUUGAAAAAGUACGUGAACCCGAAUCUCACGGUUCCUUUGGACGGGGCGUGGAUUCCGAGUAGUGACGGGUCGAUUAUGAUUCGGCCGGGGGCGUAUGGAGAUGAAACUACAGAAUAA